AUGCAUUACCAAGUUGACCUCGUGGAAUGGACAGAAGGGCUUGAACACUUCGGCGUGUAUGAAGCAAUCCGCCCUCACAAUCCUAGUAAUUUUGCCAUGAGGUUCAUUUGGAAGAGAUUUAUCCCGCUGAAGUUUGCUUUUACUACAUGGUUAUGCUUGCAUGGAAGACUUCCUAUAAAGAACGCCAUCAACUUCAUUGAUAUUGACAAGAAGUGUUCUUUAUGUGAAGUAGCCAUGGAGAAUAUCAACCACUUAUUCUUCACUUGCACAUUCUCUAAACAGGUGUGGGAAAAUCUAAGUAAAUGGGUUGGCAUUACAAGGAACACGUUUUUGAUAAACGGAGCAAUCAAACGGAACCAUAGAGAUUCGCGAGGAACCCGUCCUCGGUCAAAAAUGUGUGUACUUGCAAUCAUGGCUUCGGUCUUUCAUUUAUGGAGGACGAGAAAUGCUCUCUACUAUGAUAAUGUAGCUGCAGAUGUUAACCGUACAUCCACCACCAUCCUUAAGAAUGUAUACCAAGUGAUGUACAAGUUUUAUCCAAAUAUGGGGUAG